GUCGAGGAAGAGCAAAAACACCAACCAAAACGUUGCCUUCGUUUAGGUUAUUGUAUCAACCAUCUCACUUCGCUUCAAAUCAAAUGGCUUUAGCAAGGUGGGCAAUUCAAAUCUCAGUGGUGGUUCUUGGGCUGUUAGCUAUGGCUCAACAGUCCAUGCCACUGAGUUUGAGAAACCCUAUGAAUGAAAUUAAACAAAAACCCAUUGGCAUGCAAACAUCUCCUGUGGGCGUUGUUUCUCUUACGAGUGCGUCUGAGUGUUUACUCAAUAAAUCUGGAGUCUUCACUGUCACCUCCACUCAGAAUAUUGCUGGAAGAAUAUUUCGCAUUGGGAAACAAAUUAACGGAAACAGGAAGUUGUAUAAUGCAAGGGCGGGGAACUCAAUGGUAGAUUUUCCUGAUAUAUUACAUAGUUAA